CUAAGCCCCCGGCGACUCCGCGCCUCAGUCUGCGCCCGGCCGGCGGCGGGCGCGGACGUCGGGAGGUGGGGAUACGCCGCGCCGCGCUGCCGUUGUCGGGCCCAUGGCAGCGCUCCGCAAGGAAUCCCGCCGCCUCCGCCGGCAGCAGCAGGACCCGGCCCCGGGAGCAAUGUCGCAGGAGGAUGCUGAUCGGAGCAUGGAGAGCCCUUCCCCUCGCUCCCUGUUGGACGGGGAGGACACCGAGCCUGGCAGGUGCCAAGAUGUCUCGCCGGGGAGCAGCCCUGACCUGGCCGAAGAGCAGUCGGACCGUGGCACACCCCCGCGGGGGGAGGGGGAGCCGGGACCUGGAAGCCGGCAGCAGGAGGCAGCGGGAGACGGAGAGCCCGGUGACCUCGGCUGCCGGGAGCAGGCUGAGGUGGAGGAGGAGCGUGGACGGGGAGACUCCUACCGGGUGCAGAUGGUAAUGGUGCAGGACGAGGAGGAGCCCGAAUCCCGGGACGGGGAAGGGGAGGCCGGGGAAGGGGAGGGUGCACCGGCCUCCAGCCCCCAGGGCCGCCCCUUCACCUGCUCCCUGUGCCACAAGUCGUUCCUGCAGCUCUCCUGGUUCCUGGUUCAUGAGCGCCUCCACUUGGACGGCGGCCUGCACUGCUGCCCAGUCUGCAGCAAAUCGUUCGCCCAGGCCUCGGACCUGCAGGCCCACCGCCGCCGCAGCCACGCCAGCGAGCGGCCCCACGCCUGCGGGCAAUGCGGACGCUCCUUCGCCCAGCCCUCAGCCCUGGUGGCCCACCAGAAGGUGCACGCCAGAGCCGAGGCCUCCACGAAGCCGGCACGCUGCACCCGGGCCGCGGCGGCGGCGGCGGCGGCCGCGGCUGAGAAGAAGAUGAAGAAACAGCCGCCUGCCGCGGCUGCGCCGCGCCGCCGGCCGUCCCCCCACCGGUGCCAGGUCUGCGGCGAGACCUUCAGCACCUCGUCCAAGCUGUUGCUGCACCAGAGCUCGCAUGCCGGCGAGCGGCCGUUCCUGUGCGACGUGUGCCGCCAGGGCUUCUCUGAGCCGGCCGAGCUGGCCGUGCACCGGCGCACGCACGCCGGUGACCGCCCCUACGAGUGCGACGUGUGCCACCGCCGCUUCGCCUACGACUCGUCACUGGCCAUGCACCGGCGGGCUCACGAUGGCGAGCAGCCGUACCGCUGCGGCGCCUGCGGGAAGUCUUUUGGCACCUCGUCCAAGCUGCUCAAGCACCGUCGCGUGCACGCUGCCGAGCACCCCUUCCAGUGUGCUGCCUGCCUCAAGAGCUUCGGCAGCUCGGCCCAGCUGGCACGGCACCAGCGGCAGGGGCACGGGCAGGGCAAGGUGCGGGAGCUGCCGCCCGGGCAGCGGCGCUCGCCGGGCUCCGGGCCCCGCCCCUUCCGCUGCCAGACCUGCGGCCGCUCGUUCACCCAGUCGUCGGACGUGCUGAAGCACCAGCGCACCCACACCGGCGAGAAGCCGUUCCAGUGCGAGCUGUGCGAGCGCUCCUUCACCCAGCUCUCCACCCUGCUCAACCACCAGCGCAUCCACCUGGGCGAGAAGCCGCACCGCUGCGAGGUGUGCGAGCGCUCCUUCACCCAGCUCUCCACCCUGCUCAACCACCAGCGCAUCCACACUGGCGAGAAGCCCUUCAAGUGCGAGACCUGCGACAAGGCCUUCACGCAGUCCUCCAGCCUGUUGAACCACCGGCGCAUCCACACCGGUGAGAAGCCCUUCCAGUGCGCGCUCUGCUCCAAGUCCUACUCCACCUCCUCCUCGCUCUCUGUGCACCAGCGCUCCCACGUCUGAAGGGAUCUCUGGGAGCAACGGUGCAGGGGUGGAGGUUUGGUGUGGGUGGGGGUAGUAAUGUGGCUCCAGCACUACCCACAUUUACUCCUUCCUACCCCCUUCCUUCCUUCAUCGUCAU